UCAGAGGAGAGCGUCAUUGACAGGCGCUGUUUGUGAAUGACGUCAAUGCUUGGGCGCAAGAUGGCCGCGUUUGGUCUGUGAGCGCUCGUCCGACACCGGAACCGAGCGAACAUACGGAGUCUGUAGAUGCUGUGAGAGGCGAAUACACCGACAGAGACACGCGACAUCGCGACAUCGCGCCCGGAGCCGCGCGAGCAUCAUGGACGCCUCAGAGUUCAUGGACACGAUGGACCCGAGCUUAGCCGAGCUGGGCGAUGAGUUCACACUGGGAGACAUCGACGAGAUGCUGCAGUUCGUCAGUAAUCAGGUGGAUUUCCCGGAUCUCUUCGAGGAUCAGAUGGGUGGCGGAUCUGUGGCCCCCGUGAGGCCCCUCCCACAGACGGCCCCCAGCGCCAUACUGACCCCCCCUCACACACCUGUACAGGCCAGCAGCCAGACGCAGACACAGACGCAAACGCAGACACCGAUACAGACGCAGACACGCACACCGCCUCUGCUGCAGCCACGACCACAGCCAAUCACACAGGUGCAAACGUUCCCCAUGCAGACGCUGGCUGUGCAGACGCAGGCGCAGCCGCAGACGGUGAUGAUCACGCCGACCGCCACGUCGUCCCGAUUCAUCCAGAACCAGGUGAUCUGCCAGCAGAACCACGGCACGGGUUUCCAGGUCCUCCAGCCGCAGAUGCAGAGCAUUGUGACAUCACCGCAGGUCCAGCCAAUGACGAUCCAGCACCAGCGUGUGCUGACUCCUGCCGGUCAGACCAUCCAGACGCUGUCGACGACGCCCAUGCACACAAUGUCUCAACAAGUGCCUUUGUUGGUGCACCAGCCUCAGAUCCUGAAGACGGACUCUCUGGUUCUGACCACACUGAAACCGGACGGGACACAGGUUCUGUCGACCGUACAGAACCCGACGGGCAUCACGACCCUCACUGCGCCCAUCCAGACCACCGCACUGCAGGUUCCUAUGGCCGACGGCCAAUCAGAAAUGUCAAGUUGUUCCGGAAUAUCCAUCCAUUCCUUCUAUCCUAGGAGACUCUUUCAGGUAAAAAAUGUUGUAACAUCUAAGGAGUCAUAUCAUUGUUAAAUUUUCCAAGUAUUGAUUAUAGAUUG